AUGCUUGCCGAGGGUGGUCUUAACGCAACCUCGUAUGGGCUCUGGGCCUCUGAGUAUUCGCGGGAUGGUGGUUGGUACUACCUUGCAAAAAACCUCGCCAGCAAUCCAGCCAACAAGUCGCCGAAUUGUCUCCGGAUCAAUCAGAACGCGCACCACGCUGAUGCCGUGGUUGCAAGAUGGGCUUGUGCAAUCUCGCGUCGCGAGGUUCGGACGCCGUUGCUCCGAACUUGCCGGCGCCGACGCUUGACCCUAGAAGGCAGCGUGGACCACCUCGCGGCCGGACUGGCAAAGGAGUCAGCACGAAAGGGGAUAAAAGUCUGCACAUCAUUCACACCACGGCUCGGGUGCAUUCCUCGGCAGCUAAACCGUGUACUUGACAGCAGCCCUGCGCAAACCCCGUCCCCCCCAUUUCCAAAACUUGUCAGCCCUGAGAGGGCGCAAUGUGGUGCGGACAGGACAAGUGCUCGACUAGCGCCCAACACCAAGCUCAACGUCGUCUAG